CGAGCACGAUUCUUUCCAGCCUCUAUCAUCACCACAUCAGCGACCAUGUCUCACACAGCACCCAAGGCAGCGCGACAGGCACUGCGCCAAUGCAGUCGCCGCGUCGCGACCGCUUCAUCUCCCGCCGCCACCCAUUUCCCUCGAGCAUGCAUUCUCGCUCCCACUCGGCGGAAUUACGUCUCGGAGAGCAGCCCCAAGCAAGCAACGGUCACCGUGGAGAAGACUAUGCAACAGGAGCAGAAGUCGUUCAUCCAGCAAACUGGCCUGGCUUCCGGCCAAACACAGCUGCCCGCCUCUGGGAUGGGUGGCGAGGCGGCGAUGAGUCCGUCGGCCGCCAUUCUGAAACAGGCCACCGUCAUGGAUGAAGGCACGCGGCCCAUCUACCUCGACAUGCAAGCCACCACCCCCACCGAUCCACGAGUACUCGACGCCAUGCUUCCCUUCUUCACCGGCCUGUAUGGCAACCCCCACUCUCGCACACACGCCUACGGAUGGGAGACGGACUCGGCGGUGGAGCAGGCGAGGAAGCACGUCGCCGACCUCAUCGGUGCAGAUCCCAAGGAGAUCAUCUGGACGAGCGGCGCCACCGAGAGCAACAACAUGGUCAUCAAAGGCGUUGCGCGUUUCUUCAAGAAGGGCGGCAAGAAGAACCACAUCAUCACCUGCCAGACCGAGCACAAAUGCGUGCUGGAUAGCUGUCGGCAUUUACAGGACGAGGGCUUCGACAUCACCUACCUGCCCGUGCAAUCUAAUGGCUUGAUCAACAUGGAAGAGCUGGAGAAGGCCAUGCGGCCGGAAACGUGUCUCGUGUCCAUCAUGGCGGUGAACAACGAGAUUGGGGUGGUGCAGCCACUUGAAGAGAUUGGAAAGCUUUGUCGCAGCAAGAAGAUUUACUUCCACACAGAUGCAGCGCAGGCCGUGGGCAAGAUCCCCAUCAAUGUGAAUGAGAUGCAUGUGGACCUCAUGUCGCUUUCCGGACACAAAAUCUACGGGCCAAACGGCAUCGGAGCUUGUUAUGUGCGACGGCGGCCAAGGGUCAGGAUCGACCCGAUCAUCUCGGGUGGCGGCCAGGAGCGUGGCUUGAGAUCAGGCACCCUAGCGCCGCCGCUCAUCAUCGGCAUGGGCGAGGCGGCGCGAAUCUGCAAUGAGGAGAUGGAGUACGAUAGCAAACGCAUUGCAGCACUUUCGACAAAACUCACCGACGGUCUCUUGGGAAUGGAGCACACGUCGCUGAAUGGUGAUCCAUCUCACCACUACCCCGGCUGCGUCAACGUGUCGUUUGCAUACGUGGAAGGCGAAUCGCUUCUCAUGGCGCUCAAGGACAUCGCCCUCUCCUCCGGCUCGGCAUGUACAUCUGCAUCUCUCGAGCCGUCGUAUGUGCUGCGAGCACUGGGCAACAGCGACGAGAGCGCACAUAGCAGCAUCCGAUUCGGAAUCGGCCGGUUCACGACCGACGCGGAGAUUGACUACGUAUUGAAAGCCGUACAGCAGCGCGUGUCAUUCUUGCGAGAGCUGAGUCCUCUGUGGGAGCUGGUACAGGAGGGCGUGGAUCUGAACACGAUUGAAUGGUCGCAGCAUUGAACGGCGGACUGACAUUUAUGACUAGGUGUGCUUCGAGGGCGGGCGGGCGUCGUUGCUUAUUCGGGCUGGGCGCGCUACUCUUCUUCAAUGUAAAAGCUUUAUGAACUGGUUGUGUAUAAACCUCAGUGACCUUCGUAUCACUGCCUUGCGUGUAUCAAUUGAUUCCGUCAUGUACCUUACCUCGCGUCUGUCCUCGCUGUUGCAAGGCUGAAUGACGUGGACUUUUUGGCGUUGG